CAGUAUGGAUUAAUUAAUCACAUCAUUCAAGCACUACUGAAGACUAAAUUCGGCAAUGAAUUCUGGGAAAAAAUUAGAAAUAAGAUGGGUCAUUUACCUGAUGAAUUUGAAAUUCAAAAAUUAUAUGAUGAUAAGGUUACUUACGACAUGGUUAAAAAAACUGCUCGAGAUACAGGAUUAACGGUAGAUGAAAUUUUUGAAUUGAUCGGCCCCUGUUGGUUGGAUUGGAUCGAAACUAGCCCUUACGCUACCUUAAUUCACGUUAUUGGCCCUAAUUUAUAUUGUUUAUUAAAUAAUUUAAACACAUUAUAUAAUCACUUAGGAACGUCAUUUACUCAUAUGAUGCCACCUGAAUUUAAAUGUCAAGAAACACAAGAUCCACAAGUUUAUCGGCUUCAUUAUUAUUCUAAUCGUAAGCAUUUAAAGGGUAUGGCUAUCGGCAUUAUUAGAGAUAUUGCACGUAGUUUAUACAAUUUAAAGAUUGACAUUACCGUCUUAUACGAUGGCAUUGCUGAAAAUCGUUUAGCUUAUAAAAAUCAUAUUAUAUUAGAAAUCCAUGAACUUGGCCCAUACAAUACUACUUGGCAUCUUGGUGAAGAUGAGAGUAAUGGUUGUUAUAUUUCUGAUCAAAUUUUUAAUAGUAUCUUUCCCUUUCAUAUCGUAUUCGAUAAUGAAUUGAAAAUUAGAAGGAUUGGUAAUAGUUUAGCCAAGAAAUUGCCUCAAAUCCAAUGUAAUAGCAAUUAUCGUCCACGUCUCAAUGAGUUAUUUCAAUGUUUAAAACCACCCUUAAUGUUGACAUUAACCAAUAUAUUAGACAAUAUCAAUAGCGAUUUUAUUAUGGAAGCAAUUGAUCAAGAAAGUCUUGGGCAUUACCAAACAUUUCAAUUAAAGGGGCAAAUGAUUCGAUUGAUCGAUAAUAAUUCAUAUAUUUUAUUUAUGUCAUCACUUGUAGUUAAGAAAUUAGUUGAUUUAAAACGGCAAGGGUUUUAUAUUAGUGAUUUUCCACUGCAUGAUAAAAGUCGUGAUUUACUAUUGCUUCAGCAAUAUCAUCAAGUAGAGCAAGAUUUAAACGUACAAGUAGAACGAUUAACAGCACAAUUACACCAAACGACAAGAUUACUUCAAGCUGAAAAAUCAAAAGUGAACCAACUGAUGUCAUCCAUGAUGCCUGCAGCGAUGCAAAAAUUAUAUCAAGAUGGACAAAUAGUACGAGCACAAAAUUGUCCUCAAGUUAGUUUAUUAGUGGCUAGUUUGAUUGGUGUAACAACGUUAUGCCAGGAGAAAGAUCCGGUUGAAAUCAUCGAUUUUUUAAAUAUAUUAUUGGCUCAAUUUGACAGCUUGCUAGAUACUUCAUCUAUUUAUAAAGUUGAAACAAUUGGUGACAUUUAUAUGGUCAUUAGUGGAUUAUCGCAGUCACGAGACGAUCAUGCUGAGAUUGUUGCUCAGUUAGGAUUGAAUAUGCUAGAUCAAGUAGAUUCCAUAUUGUCACUUGAUGAUAAUCGUUCUAUUCAGCUUCGAAUAGGUAUCCAUUCUGGCUCGGUAAUUACGGGAGUCAUCAAAAAUGCGGUACCUCGAUAUAGUGUCUUUGGUAAUGCAGUUAAAUUUGCUGGUCGCAUCGAAAGUUAUGGAGUACCUGGAACCAUCCACAUUAGCUCGGCAACACAACAGUAA